GCUACCACAACAUACAGGAAUUCAAGCAUUCAUUCAAUCUCAGAGAGUUUCCGAGUUUUGUAUGCUUAAGAUGGGUUUGUCUUGGUGCCCCUGUUGAUGUAAUCAGAGUGGUCUUAAUCGAAGGAUUUGAUAUAACACCCACGGGGUGCAGCACUUCUCGUCAUUAGCGGUUCUGUGGCCUUACAAAAGAAGUCCACAAGCCGUUUGCAUAUUUUGGAAUUUCCUCUUCAUGGAUUUCACUCGCUGAUUUGUGCAAUACAUCCAAAUCCAAUUGAGAUCGCUUGUCAUACUGACGGUGUGAUUGUUUCGAGCUGUAAGGCUACAUGCGAAUCUCAGCAUCCCUCAUACGUCAAACACCAAGAGGAUAUUCCAUACUCUCGGGAAAGAAAAAUAUAUAGAAGUGGGGAUACAAGAUUUGUGAGCACCAACACUUUAAAGUAAGGAACGGAAUCUGGCAACUCGCCUCACAAGAUGGGGACAGGCGCAGAUAACCCCGGUGGUUGGCAACAGCCCUUGUCUUGGUGAGGUUACAAAGUUACUAUGUAACCAACACCAACGAUCCAAGCCAUGUCUCCUUAUUAGUUAUUACAAGUACUAAAAGUGACCCAAAGAGCCAUGGAAGAGGUGCCGCAGAGCGAGCACAUGAAAUGGGCGUUAACAAGAGAUGAAUUCGUGCAAGAACUGAAGAAGGCCGCCCGAAUAGCAGCUCCAAUGGCAGCAGCUUCGGUGUUGCAGUACCUCGUGCAACUUGUUUCGGUGGUUGCGGUUGGACACCUUGGCCAACUCUCGCUCUCUAGUGUCGCCGUCGCCACUGCUCUUGCCAAUGUCACGGGCUUCAGUCUCCAUACAGGAUUGGCUGGUGGACUUGAAACUCUAUGCGGGCAAGCUUACGGUGCGGGGCAAUACCAGAAAGUCGGAGAUUACGUUUGCAGCGCCGUCAUUUCUCUCAUUCUAGUUUGUCUUCCGGUUUGCAUCCUCUGGAUUUUCAUGGACAAAUUCCUGGAACUAAUGCACCAAGAUCAUGUAAUCUCACAAGAAGCCCGAGAAUACUUGAUGUGGCUCAUUCCUGCGCUACUCGGGACCGCAAUCCUCAAGCCACUCGUUCGGUUUCUCCAAACUCAAAGCCUGAUACUACCCAUGCUCCUCAGCGCCUUCUUGGUCCUCUGUUCCCACAUACCCCUUUGCUGGAUUCUUGUGUACAAACUGGAGUUAGGGAGCCCAGGCGCAGCCUUGGCAUGCGGCAUAUCGUCUUGGUUGAACGUGACACUACUUGGGUUUUACGUGGCGUUCUCUUCAGCAUGUGAGAAAACCCGUGUGCGGUUCACUAAGAAAGCCUUCCUUGGAAUCCUCGAAUUCUUCAGAUAUGGAGUACCUUCUGCUUUCAUGAUCUGCCUAAAAUGGUGGUCGUGUGAGCUGCUCACAUUGUUAUCCGGCCUUCUACCGAAUCCAAAGCUCGAGACCUCGGUUCUCUCCAUAUGUUUUACGAUCUAUAUAUUGCACUUUGCUGUAUCAUAUGGUUUCGGAGCCUCUGCCAGUUUUUGCAGUACUCGGAUCUCAAACGAACUAGGAGCAGGGAAACCGAACCAGGCCAGGGUUGCGGUCCUGGCAAUAUUAUCUCUUGCCAUUACUGAAGUGGUCAUCGUGGGAACCACGCUCUUCUGCUGCCGUCAUGUCCUGGGAUAUGCUUAUACCAAUGAGAAGCAAGUGGUGCAUUACAUUGGAGUCAUGACUCCUCUUAUUUGUCUCUCCAUUUUCAUGGACAGUUUACAGGCAGUCCUAUCUGGAGUUGCCAUGGGAAGUGGCUGGCAGCACAUAGGAGCGUACAUAAAUCUCGGGGCGUUCUAUCUGAUAGGACUCCCAAUGGGAGUUAUUUUCAGCUUUGUCCUGCAUCAACGAGCCAAGGGGCUUUGGAUCGGUGUCGUAGCUGGAGCAACCACGCAAGCAGCUCUCCUCUCUCUCGUUACCGGAGCCACAAAUUGGCAAAAGCAGGCAAACAAGGUCAGGAAGAGGUUAUUUGCAGAAAGUCCUCACCAAGAACAAUGUGACCAAGGGACAAGGAAUACAUCUGCAUGAUGAAGUGAAUUUCGCUUGCUCCCUUUUCCAUCAGUUGUUAACGGGAAAUAGUUAGUAUAAUUAGUCGGAUGCGCUUAUUUUUAGCAGAAUACACGUGCUUUGGCUAACUUUGAGUCGAUUCCCAGUAUAUGUGCAACGAAACCAUGGAUAGUGUCGUCAUUAUAAGUGACACUGCUGGUACAACUACGAGAGUACUGUAUGUACUUGAUCCCAUUGCGUCCUUAUACAUUUGAGUCCAUGGUCAAUGUAUUGAGUGACCACAAAAUCGAUUUGCAAGAGCAGAGGGAGGAUUAGAUUAGUGUCAGGAACAGGAGAAGGCAAGCUAGCACAUGCCAUGCGGUCAUAAUCAUUGGCGCGACCCAUUGAAAUGUCCAUAGGAAAGUUGACAGAUUUCUAAGGGGCCACAAACGGUUUUGCAAGG